AUUUCAUCAGCUAUGAGCUCCAAGGAAGAUCUAUCAUUUCAUUAACAUCAGAAAAAGACGCCAUUACCACCAUCCAGACACCUCACCAAAGGCUGGCGUCAAGAUUAUGCUAAUUAACGCCAGGUCCCAGGUCUCUUGUUGCCUGGUGACAAAGUUUUACAGUUGAGGAGGAAGAACUGGGCAGAACAGGAGUCUAUCUUCUAGCAGUUUCAUGUGACUUUUUCUCUAAGUGAUCACCAGUCAAUCAGAACAACAUACUUCAAACAUACCCCCUUACUAAAAGAACAUGGCCAAGGGCAGGAAAGGCCCCAAGGGUAAAAAGAUCACCCUCAGUGUGGCCAAGAAUUGUAUCAAGAUCACAUUUGAUGGGAAGAAACGCCUUGACUUGAGCAAGAUGGGAAUUACCACCUUUCCCAAGUGUAUUCUGCGACUCAGUGAUGUAGACGAGCUCAACCUUAGCCGGAAUAUGAUCAGGAAGAUUCCUGACUCAAUCUCCAAGUUCCAGAACCUGCGGUGGCUGGACUUGCACAGCAACUACAUUGACAAGCUCCCUAAGUCCAUCGGCCAGAUGACCUCUCUGCUCUACCUCAAUGUCAGCAACAACAGGCUGACCACCAAUGGGCUGCCUGUGGAGCUCAAUCAGCUCAAGAAUAUCCGCACUGUGAAUUUCGGUCUGAACCAUCUGGACCGCGUGCCCACCACGCUAGGCACUCUGAAGGAGCUCCAUGAGGUAGGGCUCCAUGACAACCUGCUGAGCACCAUCCCCAACAGCAUCUCCAAGCUGCCCAAGCUGAAAAAGCUCAACACAAAGCGAAACCCCUUUCCCAAGGCAGAGGAGUCGGAUACGUUCAUAGAUUCCAUCAAGAGGCUCGACAACCUAUAUCUGGUGGAGGAGAAGGAUCUAUGUGGGCCUUGCCUGAGAAAAUGCCAACAGGCCCAGGACAAGCUGAACAAAAUCAAAAGCAUGGCCAUGGCAGCACCAAGAAGGGCCAUCUUUUCCAGUUUGGUCUCACCCAACUCCACGGCCAAGGAAUCCCAGGAAGAUUGGAGGUGACCUGGGACCCUGACCCUAAGGCAGGAAGGGAAAAGAGAGGGAGGCAAGAUGACAAUGGGCUACAUCCUCACAAAACUGAGGGAUUCUUCCGUUACUGCAGUAGCUCCUCCAGCCAAGCCCAUAAAAUACCUUUCCCUA